GUUUUCCGUCCUGUGUCGGGAUAACAUCGUAAACGAGGACCACCUGACGGUAAGACCGGACUAAAUGGAAGCAGCGGAGGAAACUCUCACUUACCGAGGUGACACCUUACUUCACAGGAAGCUGCUCCCAGAGGACAAGCAUAAGGACAACAGUAAGGGUCACGCCAUCGAGACAAAAAGCGACGAGUCCAACUAUGUGGAUCUGGACAUGAAACCGGACGGCGCGAGAACAGUCAAAGUCUCUUUCACCGGCGAGGGAAACCAGCUGUCUCUGAUCAAAUGCUCCAAGCAGCAUGGCGAGGAAGAGGGUAAAAUCAUUUCAGAGGACUUUGUUGAAGAGCAGGCACAAGAUAAGCGGGUGCCCGGGAUUGUUUCGGGUGAGUCUCCUUUGGAAACUCUGACCAAACUUCCCAACACCGAUCAGGACUCAGAGAAUGAGAAGCAGCGCCAAGCCGAGCUUGACCCGAGUGACUGCAGUGACCAUGUGUGCAGUGAUGAGCUCCAGUACACGGACAUGUAUCUGAACAGCAGGACGGAGUCUGAUGAUGGUGCCAGCGCGGUGCUGUCCGAUCACUGCGGCUCCGACACCGUGGAGGACGAGUCCCACUAUAUCACGACGCAUGAAAUCCAGUUGACCGAGCUCGACCACGACGUAGAUUACGACCUGGGGCGAGGGACCUGCUGGGAUUUUGAAGACGACAACCUAGUUUAUUCCUUUGUGGAUUACGCGUCUUUCGAAAGCGAUGAAACUCAGGAGGGGACUUUGAUACUGGAGGGCAGGAGCCAAGCGAAAGUGCAGUCUAAUCUUGGUGGAGCGGUUGUCAGCACCGAGCAGGAGGAUAGUGAUCUUUGUGACUCGGAUAAAUGCGCCAGCUCAGAUGAAAGCGUGUGCAAAAACCACAGCGGAGACGUUAACGCAGGGAAAAUUCAUUUAUCAAUAAAAACAUCCUCCAGGGCGGUAAACGAACCUGUCAACAUCUUUGACAACAGCACCUGUGGCUACACCAAACACUUUGGCGACGGGAGCCACUUCUCUUUUGUGAGCUCUGGCGCCAGAGUGGGGCCCUUGUGCGACCGAGCCCAAUAUUUCAUCCCUGCUCCAGGCCGUCAGCACCUCGCAUCCAAACUGAGACGGAAAGACAUUAAUGAAUAUUCCAGCGGAGCGUCCAGCUCCAUUAGUGAGCUGGACGACGCUGACAAAGAGGUGCGCAAUUUAACCGCCAAGUCUUUCCGGAGCUUGGCAUGUCCAUACUUUGAUGCCAUUAAUCUUAGCACCUCUAGUGAGUCCUCCAUGUCGGAAUAUGGGCUUAAUAACUGGUCAACUUAUGUAGACUGGAAUUAUGGAAAAAUAUCACGGGGAAGAGAGCGGAGCGUAAUUGCGCACAAGACUUCCAGCGCAACUUUGGAGAUGAAAAAGACUGUGGACGGUAGGAGGCAUGGUAAGUCUAUUACCGACAUUAAAGUUCCACAAACCAAAAUGUACGCACUGAAUAAGAUAACUUCUCAACAAUCAUCCUCUUCUGGUAAAAAUUCUGUUCAGUCAAAGCAGCGUGGAGUCACGCUGAAUUUCCGCUGUGUUGAAGCGCCCGAAGGCGCCAGACGUCCAAAAUGCUCCAAGAAAGCGCGAUGCGAUGAGGUCACUGGGACUGUGUUAGCCAGGUCUGAAUGUGAGAUGCAAAAUCAUCACACAGACAGCAUGGGGGACACACACAAAAGAGCAGUGUUUGCAUCAAGUCUGUUGAAAAAUGUGAUUUCCAAAAAGAUGCAGUUUGAACAGGAGCGCAAAAUGGAGAGGGGUGAGAUUUGUGACACACACCCAGCGCUCUCCCCGAGUUUCCAACUCAAAGAUCCAGAUGGGAUGAAAGACAGGAGUCAAGGAAGAGGCAUACAAAGACAGACAUCAGAAACAGGCUCAGCUUUGACUGUUAAUUCUGCUGAUGAUCAGCACCAGGAAGGCAGCAGACCCGCUUACUGUGAGCCUGCAGAGGAGCAGAAAAGCAACAAAGCACCAGACGAUUCAGAAAAGGAGCCUCCAAAAGCAUCGCUCAGUCACAGUCAGAGUAGUGCAUUUGAUGCACUGAAAGCAGAGGAGCCAGAGCCUGUAAAGGAGCCUGAACCCACAUCUGUAAGUGACACAAAGCCCACAGCAAAAGAAGGAUUAGACACCAGCAGCAUGCUCACAAAACUACUUUUUGUUCCAAGCUACCAGCUCCUUUCAAAAGAGAAGGAUUUUACAGAAGACCAGUCAGGCCAUGCACCUGCUACAGGCACACCUGCAGGCCCACAGAAAUGUGAAAAAGAGUUCAAAAUGGGCAAUAAUGGAAACAUAGUGGGCAAAGAAGGAAACGAGAAGGGGGGUAAAACCCCUGAGAUAAAAAUACGCCUGCGGAGUGUGAAGGAAAAUAAAGGUUGUACACUGAAUAUCGCCAGCCUGUUAACCCCUAAAAUAAGUUUCAACAAUGUUAACACAUUCAGAGCAGCAGGUGAAGCCAAAUGCCAUGUUUACUCUGCUGCAGAAAAAAUUCCAAACUUCACAGUUAGAGACAUAAGAGACACUAAAUGCAAAUUUCAGACACCAAUAUAUCAAGUCAGAGAUGUCCGUAAAUUGGUAAAAAGUUCAUAUCGCUUUGUUUCGUUGGAUAAUAUUGAGAGUAAAUGUUCCACAGCAGCUGAAAAACUGGAAACAACAAAAGAGCCCGUCAAGCAUGUAUCACCAUCUCCUAUUGUGAUUAAAUGUCACUCUGUAAAAACAAACGUUAAAAGACCGACAGCUGAGGCCUUACAGAAACAAUCGGAGGCUGGCGUCACAUCGGAAACAUCUCAAAGUGAAAAUGCACCUGCACAUUGCACAACCAGUCGGGUGCCAAAUGUUGCAUCAAAGCAGCUACACUCUGAGCACUCAGACAAUCAGACAAAUAUUGAAUCCAAACUGACAAAACAGAGGCAGGAAAAGUUUGCAGGUGAGACAUCUGAAAAGAGAAACGAGCCACAAGUACCAAAACAGGCAGCGUUAGAGAAGCUCAAAGCUGCAGUGAAAACAAUGGAGCAGCUUUAUGUUUUUGAUAGAAAUGAAUGGAAGCGUAAAACUCAAGCUCCACAGCCAAUCACAGACAGCCACGUGUUGUCGCUAAUUGCCAGUGAGGAGCAAGGGGCAGAGGAGCCGGAGUCACAGGAAGAAAAAGGAGCUCUAAAUAUCAUACGUGUUCCUUAUAACGACAACACGUUUAAAACACAAUCACAGCAAACGUUCAGUAACAAAAGAAUCCUUCAUUUUGGUGAUAAGGCGCGUGUCAGCGUGUCAGUUGGUAACCCUGCUCCACAAAGCUCUGUGUUGCAAACAUCAUCGACUAUGAAAAGCUCCAAGUCACCAGUGGCUCCUUUGUCGGUGAAAACAGAGUCCCCGAAACAUGGCCAGAUGGAGCAGGGAAAGGUCAAAAUCAUUCCCACUAAUCCCACUGUCGCACAGGCCUGCUCGGACUCUGAGAACUAUUUGACCAUGCCGGGGAUAAGGUGUGCGAAUGAAAUCAAACUGCUGAAUCAAGAGCCCAUUUCGAGGGAGGUGAGUUCAAACCAAAUCAAAACAGGUGCCAGGAAGACACCUGAGCAGAAAAGGUCUCCGUUAAUCAUGGAGUACCCGGCUUCAAGCAUCUACCAUCACGCAGGGGCGACAACAGGGCGUCCUGCACAGCCGCAGGUGUUGUGUUUCUCCCCAACUGUCCCGACUGUGUCACCAACACCUUCUACCGGAGAGGCAGCCCCACAAACCCAGCGCAAGAUGCUUUUGGACCCCACUACAGGACAUUAUUACCUGGUGGACACUCCCAUACAUGCCACCACAAAGAGACUAUUUGACCCAGAGACGGGCCAGUAUGUGGAUGUACCCAUGCCCCAUUCUCCCGUGGCACCUGUCACCCCUGUCACCCCUGUCACCCCUGUGCCUCUCUCUUUGUCCCCUCUGGCCCUGAGCCCAGGAGCUUACGCCCCCACCUACAUGAUCUACCCAGGCUUCAUCCCCUCGCCCACUCUGCCAGCACAGGCGGUGUUGCCACAGUCGCCGUGUCACUCUGAGGACCCAGGUGGAGAAAAGGUAAAAAGCACCAAAAGCCCAAAGCCGGAGCUGAACACAGCAGGUGCAGAGAGUGUGUAUUACAGCGCGACAGGUGAGGCUCCCAAAGGGCCACUGCAACUUCCUGUAAGUUUGGGACAUGUGAGAGCCAGAGGAGGUGCGGCGAGCUCUGACAGGAAACCAGUCAUCAGCAUCACAACGCAACAAGGUCCAAGAAUCAUCGCACCACCCUCCUUCGAUGGAACAACAAUGAGCUUUGUAGUGGAGCAUCGGUGACCAAGGAGACAUCUCAUCAAACAUAUAUCUCCACUGAAGAAUCUGCCCUUAUUCAGCGUAAGUGCACACUCACCUGUGAUCUUCUCCCCAAGGCAACUUUCACCAACAACAAAGUCUAUCCCCACUCUGUUGUAUAUCCUUGCAGCAGAUGUCACUGUAAUCUGUACGAAUGUAGGGUAAAUGCAAUGAGCCACAUCCUCUGGCUGAUGCUCUGCCAUGUUGCUAUAUUAAUUUGCUUUGUAAUACUUUCCAUUCAGCUGCUGUCUAGAACUUUUGUAAUGCUGUUUGAGCCCUGCAACUUGUCUAUUCAAAAGGAAAUGAGGCAAGCCUUCUGUUACAAUUCAGCGUUAGUCUAUAUUGGCCGAGCCACAUUUUUAUUUUGCAUUUAAUGUUUCCAUGUCUUUAAAGCAAGACUAUGUAACUUUUAAAAGAAAAUAAGACAAAUCUUUGCUUUGCACUCAUAUGCAAUAAAAAACGCAACCUUGCUGAAUUCAAUACACACAGGGGAUUUGCUGCUACAACCUCUAUUGGUUUGACCAUAUUAGCUAAUGUCAGCAAAUUUGAUAUAUAUUACUAUGUAACUGACAUUACUGAGUCCCCUUCCAAUAAUGCUACUGUUACACUCCGUUUUAGGAUGUCACAGACAACGUCAACAUUUCAGUGGUUUAGAUAAAACAAGCCUUACUGCCAGUUUAUCCCAAUGGCCCAAUGAGGAACUGCAGCAACAACAAAAAUCCUGUAACUCCCAAGAAGUAUUUUCCAUAUAAUCUACCAUUAUUUAAAGAGACUUCGAUAGAAGCCUCCACUGCAGAAGCAGCUGGAGUUAAGGCCAAACGAUUGUCUGUGCGGGCUUUGGUUGCAACCAAAGAACAAGCUGGUGGACACAAGUGGUUGAGGAGGUGUCAAAGUGAGCAAUGGUUCUUUUUUGACUUGUUUGGCCUGAGUCAUUCCUUGCACGGCAGACAAUAUCACAAGGCCACAUGAACUGGAGCUUGGGUUCUCAGCAGGCAUUGGGCUAUGCCAGAUUUGUGCCUUGUCACCAAUUCAGUUUGUGAUUUUCAUGAACAGAAUUUCUAGGCACAGAUGUGGGGAAUCUCUCUAGCAUUGUCCAAGAAUUACAUCUCUGCUUUCCAUGGAUAAGGGGGUUCAGCCGGCUUUAUCAUACUGUUACCUCCAGUGCGAAGUGGGAUGGUGUUUGGCCAGGUGUAAAACAGCGGAGAUGAGGCAUUCCCAAGACUGAUGCCAUAGUGCUAAUGGUAAAUUGCGCCUUUUGAGCUUUGAGCUUGUCACUGCCCAAAGUGAGGGACUUCAGUGUUAUUGGAUAGGCCUUGAAAGGAGAGUGAGGGUCAGAUGGAGUCAGAAAUUGAUACGCAGAUUGGUGCUAUACUGGAGGGUUUACAUAUCUGGACUGGGAAUGCAUCAGGAUACUCCAGGGAAAUUAAGGGGCUGCCUUGCUUACACUGCUGCCACCAAUACUAAUACUCAGCAGCAGUGGAAAAUGGACGGAUGGAUGGAUGGAUGCAAAAUAAUAAGCUGAACUCCCACAUCUUGGGAAAUUAGGGGGAAUACAAUGAGCCAUUAUCCUAUAAUUGCUACUUGUGGCCACAAUGGCCGCUGUUAAUCAAAAGUUACGUAGUCUUGCUUUGAUUGAAGCAAUAAUAUUAUUACUUAUGGUGAAUACAAACUAUCAUAUUUUACAUAUUUUUCUGAGGACAGGGACCAUUUGUCUGCACUGAAUUUAAAAAAUGCAGACUAAGGCAAAAUGUUGAGUCACCCCAAGUUCAGUCAAAAGAUGACUAAAAUUAUUAGAAUUAAAAUAAUAUAUUUGAGAGAUAGUGGUCAAUAUCUGGAAUUGCUAUGUACCAUAUUAGUACUCUUGAACAAUCAUUUUCCACAUUCACAAUAACAUAUCCUUGUCUUUAAGGCGCUGGUGGCUCAUAUUCUACUUAAAGUAAUUGUAACCUCUUUGUUAUGACUCACAAAAUGCUGCUAAUACCAUUACAACUGACAUGCUAUAUGAAAUGGUGGAUUUUAUAUGUUAAAGCACUUUCUUCCCAUGCAAGAGAGAAAAAAAAGAAAAACACACAGAGUGUGUUGCUCAGAUGAGAUGGAGCUGGGACUCUGGUUUAACAAUGUACUUAGAUCAGUAUUUUCUAUGUAGUGUUGGGCCUAAAGAGUCAGAGCCAGCUAAGAUAUUUAGGGGAUAACUUCCUCUAUUGGUUUAAUUUAUAUGUAUGUGUACUGAGAUGGGAGUCGGUGCAUCUGAAUGUGUCCGUGUUCGUGGCUGUGAGUUAUGUACGGCAUUUCAGUAUUCUGUGAGUGUACAACAAGGAGUCAUGUUACUUCACUGUAGACGGGAACGUACAGGCUGCACAUGUGUUGGGUGUGUCUUUACACUUUACACACAGCAAUGUCAAUUCCUCCUCUUAAACCCCCUUGACCUCUUUAAUUUACAUGUAUAAGAACUGAGGUUUCCAUUAAAAUGACAUAUCAACUGAUAGCCUCCAUAUUAAUGCUUUCUAUAUAGUGAAGUUUUUUUGGGUGGGGUUUAACAUCUUGUUUCCUUUUGAAUAUGCCGCAGGGCAUGAUCGGUCAUUUUGCUGUACUUGACUCAAUUAUACCAGCAUCACAUUUAGAAUUAAUGCAAACUGUAGAUUGCUAAUUUUAGCAUGUUUCAUAUCUGAAGACACAUUAAAGGUAUUUUGGAGCUGCUGGUCAGUCUAUGUACCUUAAUUCUGUAAAAUACAUGUUAUUAUGCCUCUGUGGCAAAAUAGACUUUAUAUAAAUUGCCCUAUGAGUUGAUUUCAUUAUAAGUGAUAUGAAUUCAUGCAGUGAUUUGAAAAACUUGUUGUGGACUGUGCAGUAGAUUGGACAUGUUAGAACAUUUAAUGCAUUUUGAGGUGGAAUGUGACUUAAAUUGAUACAUUUAAUUCAUCACACAUUGUACUUCUUAAUGAUAGUAUUUUAAUUAAAAUUGAAAUUUAAAAUUAAUGCAGCCCAGUUGAGAGCAGUGCAAACCAUUUUUUCACUCAGAUAUAAUGAAUUUGUUGUAUAGAAAUAACUUUUUUAAAAAAAACUGAGCCAGAAAUUUUGCCAAAUAUCCAAAGAAAAAAACAAAACUGGGAGAUAUGUUAUACUACCUCUUGCUAGCUAGUUUUAAAAGUAUGUAUUUUAUUAGCAAGUUACACAAAACUGGAAGAUUAAACAUAUAUUUCUCGUAUUCUUAGAUGAUUAAAGCACAUUAACAUAUAAUUUUAAAACC